AUGUCGUGGCGACCAGACUCUCCUGUGGAACUAGCAAACGGGCAACUCGUCUGCAAGAGGCAUGGGAUGAUUCGCUGUGAAUCAUGUUGGGUUGAUUACAGCUUCAGUACUCCAGAUGCCGCUGGCACAGGCUACGAAUACAACGACAUGGACGACGAUGACUUCACAAUUGUGAUCCCGAGAGAGUUUCACCCACCGCGUUUAGCAGAUACACCUGACUCCCUCUUCAGUCAGCGCGUACUUCCUGGUAUGGCAAGACCCCGAUUUGUUCGCAAGACCGACAAAAAUCAAGUUAUUUUCUGGACGGACGGAGCAUGCCUCAAUAAUGGCAAAGCAAACCCAUCAGCGGGCGGUGGAUUUGUCUUUUCAACCCCAAAUGUCAAACACGAUGGCAAAUACCACGGGAUUCACUUUCGUCUCGAGAAUGAAGGGCCCAACGGCAACAUCGAAGCACAAACUAGCAAUCGUGCCGAACUUCGUGCUGUAAUCGCCGCUUUGGAAUUCAAAGAUCGGAGCCCGGAAGGAUGGAAAAGUCUCGUCAUUGCCACCGAUUCGGAGUAUGUCGUACAUGGAGCCACUGACUGGAUUACGAAGUGGAUGGACAACAACUGGAAGAGAAGUAGUGGAGACGCUGUGAAGAAUAGAGAUCUAUGGGAGCUCUUGAUGGAUAACAUUUCACGUUAUGAGGAGCUUGGCAUCGAAAUUCUGUUUUGGAAGAUACCCAGGGAGCUGAACAAACUGGCGGAUCAAAAGGCCAAGGAGGGUGCUGCCCUGCCAGCUAUUGACGAGUGGAAUCCCGUCUAUGUGUGCGACUGUUGUGCGCCGAAUGUUUGA